AAAAAGAUGAUCUUGGUUGUGAGAAAGGUUUAAAUGUCUCAUGUUAACACAAAGUCUGAGAGUAAUAUUUUUUUUCUAUUAAAAUGCAUUCUUCAGCAUAACCAACCAAACAGAUUUGAUUAUUGACAAUCUAAAAACGUGAUUCUAAGCAGUUGAUGGUAAAUUUUCAUUCAAAUGUUUAUCCUUCUUCAAGUUUAUCCACUUUUCAAUACAUUUUAAUAUUAUACAAUGGUGAUGAAUAAAAAAUAACUGUAAGGGAUUAACAGUGUAUUAAUGUAAACAAUUGUCAAAACUGCAAACGAUGUGCAUGAUAUUGAUGAUUGUUUUUUAAACAAUGUCAAUAAUAUGAGCAUUCAUAUUGUUAAAUAAUUGCCUUUAUUGAUAAAAAAGUAGCAAAAAAAUAAAAAAGUCACAAAAAGGAAGGUUAAGCUGAGGAUAAACGCGUGUCAAGGAACCAGUCGAUCAGGCCCAUUGAUAAAAGAUGAUCAUCAUAAUAAGCACCAACUUCAUCAUAACUUUCAUCAAGAUUUUUACAUUCAUCAAUGUUAUGAUUAUUUUCCAGUCGCUUCACUAGUUGUUACCUUUGUUCAAUUGCUCAUUCCCUUCCCUUUCAUUCCUUUCAUUUCUUUCUUCUCCAUCUUUUUCAUCUUUCUCUUUUCCUCCCUUUCUCUCUGUCUCUCCGUUUCUAUCUCUAUCUCUGUCUCUCUUCUCAUCCUCUGUAAGUUGACUUUAAAUCUGUUAUAACCUAUACAACGAAAGUGAUAUUAACAAUGGAAAGCCUUCUCAUUGGAUGUUAUUCACUCCAACCUAGCCUGAUAGGUUAGCAUCCACCAAAGUUCAGCCUCUUUUAUCAUCUUUUGCGUUUCAUCCAGAUAGUCACUUGAUCUUUAAUUUUCAUCUUCAUCCAGAUUCUUUCUUCAAUCUUUAUCUUUGUUCCAGUUUUAAGUUUUUCGAAAUCUUUUUUUUUCAUUGUUCCAUAAGUGUCAAAAAUCAUUCAAUACUUGUAACAUUUCUUGAUUCAGCUUUUACCAUUUUAUACGAAACUGUGGCCAUUAAUUUUAUCUUAAUAACUUGAUCUUGAUCUGGAUUACAGGAAUCUUGAAACUGUUUAUGUGAAAUUUUUGAAUAAACCGUCUUUUUGCUUUACUUUGGUUCAUUUAUAAAUUCAAUGGUAAUCAUGAUUAGAAGUACUGGUUCAAUCAGAUCCCGGAGAAACAAAUCAAAUGAUAAAGAUUUAGCCUCAAAGGAACCAAUUAGCAGCCUUAAAAUAAUCAAAAUUGAAGCAUCUUCAGUCAGUGAAUCAUUUAUCAACAGUUCAACUAGACUUGAUCUCUCAUCGCCAAGUCCGAAAUCACCUUCUCUGUCUUGUUCAUCUUCACCUCAGCCAAGUACCGUGAUAACAUCCAUUCGAGUAUCGCCCAAUCAUCGAUCUCAGUGUUAUAUAACGACAACUUAUACACCUUAUCGUGAUUUAAUAAGAACCAAUUUGAUAAAUACGGAAACAUCAUCACCAGCUGCAAUAGACAGCAAGCAAUGUUCAGGGGAACCUGCAACAUCAACCUCUCCAUCAACAACCAUAGGAACCGUUUCAUCUUCAUCAGCAAAAUCUCGAAAUGGAAGGUCAGUAAACAAACGAAAUGGACGUUGGACGUUUACAAAUUGCCGAGAAAGACAGCGACAGCAGAAUGUAAAUGAAGCUUUUCAAGAAUUGCGAUCAAAAAUACCAACUCAACCAAUAGAUAAAAAGCUAUCCAAAUGUUCAAUAUUAACAAGAGCCAUUGAAUAUAUCAAGCUUUUAAACGGAAUCCUGGAAAAGAUGGAUGAUAAUGGUGAUUAUUAUAGCCAAGGAACUCGAAAACGUGCCCGUUAUGAUUCGGAAGACACUCAGCUGGAUUGUAAACCAUCUUCAAGAAACUCUUUGUUGACCACAUCAUCAUCCUCUUCAAUACAUGAUUAUGAAAGUGAUUGUCCAAACCCAGGUGAAGAUGAAGAAGAGAAAUAUGAAAAUGCCAAUUUGGUUAAAACGGGUAACAAAGGUCUAAGAGAGAGGCAAAAUUUGGGUUCAUCUCGUUUAUCAUGCAACAACCGUCCGUUGGAAACAAAUGUAUCAAUUACUCGGGUUAAUGGAACCAUCCAAAGUCCACAAUUUAGCCAGAUUACGGAUCGAGUUAUCCUAGAUUGUUCACCAGUUAAUGGAUCAAGUCAACGAUCUUUCACCAAAGAAAACCUUUCCGAUGGUUUCUCCCAAGAUUCACAGGAAACCAUAAGAUCAUCUGAAGAUAAGAUAAUUAUGGAUGAUGUUAGUCUAGUUAGUUAUGAGUUUGAUUCAUCUAGAGAGCAAAGUAUUUCAUCAACUGUGAGCAGCCCAUCUGAUUCGGAUUAACACUAAACACAAAUCUUUUGCUUCUUUGCUUUUCUCUCACCAUCUUCACUUUUCAUCAGCAACAAUAAAACUGCUAUUUUGACUAAUAAGACUGAUUUCAGAGAAAGAUAGUCAACUAGUUGAUUUAAGUAUAACUGACGGGUCAAUCAAUUGUUGACAGUUAAUUAGUUUGGCAACAAAUGAUGGGUGUUCACAUUACAGCAAAACAAACAUGUAAUAUAUUCAUAAUUAGUCUGUAUCAUUAGUCUCAAAUCAACUGAUUCUCCUUCUCUUAUUGUUUAAAAGUGGUACUGUUUUUCAAACAAUCAACAGGAUAACGGCUCAAUGAACAGUGAGUUUCGUUGUCUGUUCAAUAUACUCACAUUACUUUGAUUUACAAAACAAAAAGAGACAAAACUUAAACACAAUUGAAUAAAGUAAACGUUUAAAAACA